CAUGACAACUACCGGAAACACUUCGUGUUGCUAACUUCGAACCGUUAACAGUACGAACAAGUCUCCUCAAGCUCCAGUUAGACAAGUCAUUUAUUUCUUUAUUGCGUAAUAUCUUUUCUCAACGUAAUGGAUACAUCAGUGAUUCUUCCCGUUGAAGCAGAAGGCUUUAUCCAGAGUCUGGAAACUUUCUCCCUCAAGGAAGUGGGCUCAGAGAGAUGGUUCAAGCAGCAUGAUUAUAUUGAGAAACUUAACAUGCAGGCAAUACUGAAUGCCUCUGCCAUGCACGAUGAGUUUGUCAAGGACCUCCUGGUUUCAUUUGGAAAGAUACACAUCCUGGUCCAUGAGAUGAUCCUUAUUGAGGUGUGGAAGAAAAAAGUGUUUCCUAUCUUAUGCCAGCUGGAGGAUUUCAAUCCAGAGAAGACUUUUCAUCUUUACAUGGUGAUCCAUCAUGAAGCCACCAUCAUAAAUCUACUUGAAACCAUAAUGUUUCACAAGGAUUCAUGUGAUGCAGCAGAUGACUCUCUUCUUGACUUGGUGGAUUACUGCCAUCGAAAACUCACCCUGCUGGCAAGUGAAGCGAUUAAGGAUGUUGCUGUGACAUAUGACCAACACAAACAGACAUCCUCUCUAGAGGAGCUGCAGGUGCAGAGUGCAGCUUUGGAGUUUGAAAUCUCUCUGAAAGCCGUGUCAGUGCUGUGCUACAUUACAGACCACGCAGACAGCAUCAGCAUUAUCAGUCGAAUGCUGUGCACCCAUAACCUUCCUUGUGUACUGGUUCAGCUGAUUGACCACUGCCCCUGGAGUCGCUGCAGAGAAGGUAACGUGCAAAAGCACAAUGAUGGCAAGUGGCAGACGAUACCUGUAGAGGAUCAUUUAAAAAUGAAUAAACUGGACGGUCAGGUCUGGCUUUCCCUUUACAAUCUGCUGCUAAAAGAAGAAUUCCAGAGAAAAUACAACUUCAACAGUUUCAACAAGAGCCAGCUUCUGAAGCUCAGAGGUUUCUUGACUGAUGUCUUGAUUGAUCAGCUGCCAAAUCUGGUGGAUUUGCAGCGUUUCCUGGCUCAUCUUGCUGUUUCAGAUCCAGCCCCUCCAAAAAAAGAGCUGAUUUUGGAGCAGAUCCCAGAAAUGUGGAACCGCAUUAUCAGUGAGAAUUCUAGAAAGUGGAAGGCAAUAGCAAAGUAUCAAGUCAAAGAAACAUUCAGCCCAUCUGAAAGUGACUUGAGACAACAGGCCCAGAGGCUGGCCCAGACGUACAACUUGGAUGUAAUGGAGAGUUUACUUCCUGAGAAACCAAAAUGUGGAUCCUGUGGGAGAGAGGCCACAAAGAGAUGUUCUCGCUGCCGAGGAGAGUGGUACUGUCACAGAGAGUGUCAAGUGAAGCACUGGCCAAAACACAAGAAAGCCUGCCAGCUCAUGACCGAGACCACCGAGAAGAUCAUCAGCUGAGGGAGACCAAACGGCUCUUUCUGUGGCUGAUGACAGAAAUAGAACAGUGUGUUUCCUUAGUAGCCCGACACAUUUAUACACAGACUCUUUUUUCUUUUAUCAUUAAAACUGUUGAAGAAUUUAGGACGUUGUAAUCAAACUGCAAUAAAGUUUUAAACCUGCA